ACCAGGCGAGCCUGUGGGGGCGCCGGACGGGUUGGUGCGGGCGGUCCCGGGGGCGGAUUGGCUCUGGGAGCUUCCAGAAGGCAGGAGGGCGUCUAUAAGAGCCGGGAACCGAGCCCCGGGAGCCGGGAGACGCAGGUCGCGCUCGAGGAGAGCUGUGCGGGGUGACCGUUGGCUGGCGUCCGAGCUCUCGUGUCUCUCGUCCUAACGUCGCUGUGCCCGGUUUUGUGUGUUUGUUUUUACAGUCAGCAUGUCCGCCCGCGGCCCGGCCAUCGGCAUCGACCUGGGCACCACAUACUCCUGCGUGGGGGUCUUCCAACAUGGCAAGGUGGAGAUCAUCGCCAACGACCAGGGCAACCGCACCACCCCCAGCUACGUGGCCUUCACCGACACCGAGCGCCUCAUCGGCGACGCCGCCAAGAACCAAGUGGCCAUGAACCCCACGAACACCAUCUUCGACGCCAAGAGGCUGAUCGGGCGGAAGUUCGAGGACGCCACGGUACAGUCGGACAUGAAGCACUGGCCGUUCAGAGUGGUGAGCGAGGGUGGGAAGCCCAAAGUGCAGGUGGAAUAUAAGGGGGAGAUGAAGACCUUCUUCCCGGAGGAGAUUUCCUCCAUGGUCCUCACGAAGAUGAAGGAGAUCGCCGAAGCCUACCUGGGGGGCAAGGUGCAGAGCGCGGUCAUCACCGUCCCCGCCUACUUCAACGACUCGCAGCGCCAGGCCACCAAAGACGCGGGCACCAUCACGGGACUCAAUGUGCUGCGUAUCAUCAACGAGCCCACGGCAGCGGCCAUCGCCUAUGGCCUGGAUAAGAAGGGCUGCGCGGGCGGAGAGAAGAACGUGCUCAUCUUCGACCUGGGAGGGGGCACCUUCGACGUGUCCAUCCUGACCAUCGAGGAUGGCAUCUUCGAGGUGAAGUCCACUGCCGGCGACACCCACCUGGGUGGCGAAGACUUCGACAAUCGUAUGGUCAGCCACCUGGCGGAGGAGUUCAAGCGCAAACACAAGAAGGACAUUGGGCCCAACAAGCGCGCGGUGCGCCGGCUGCGCACUGCCUGCGAGCGCGCCAAGCGCACCCUGAGUUCGUCCACGCAGGCCAGCAUCGAGAUCGACUCCCUCUACGAGGGCGUGGAUUUCUACACGUCCAUCACCCGCGCCCGCUUCGAAGAGCUCAACGCGGACCUCUUCCGAGGGACCCUGGAGCCGGUGGAAAAGGCUCUGCGCGAUGCCAAGCUGGACAAGGGCCAGAUCCAGGAGAUAGUGCUGGUGGGCGGCUCCACCCGCAUCCCUAAGAUCCAGAAGCUCCUGCAGGAUUUCUUCAACGGCAAAGAGCUGAACAAGAGCAUCAACCCAGACGAGGCGGUGGCCUACGGCGCCGCUGUGCAGGCGGCUAUCCUCAUCGGCGACAAAUCGGAGAAUGUGCAGGAUCUGCUGUUACUCGACGUGACUCCAUUGUCGCUUGGCAUCGAAACAGCUGGCGGUGUCAUGACCCCGCUCAUUAAGAGAAACACCACGAUCCCCACCAAGCAGACGCAGACCUUCACUACCUACUCAGACAACCAGAGCAGCGUGCUGGUGCAAGUGUACGAGGGCGAACGGGCCAUGACCAAGGACAAUAACCUCUUGGGCAAGUUCGACCUGACUGGGAUCCCCCCAGCACCCCGCGGGGUCCCCCAGAUUGAGGUCACCUUCGACAUCGAUGCCAACGGCAUCCUUAACGUCACUGCUGCCGACAAGAGCACCGGUAAGGAAAAUAAAAUCACCAUCACCAAUGACAAGGGUCGUCUGAGCAAGGACGACAUUGACCGUAUGGUGCAGGAGGCAGAGCGGUAUAAAUCGGAAGAUGAAGCUAAUCGCGAUCGCGUGGCAGCCAAAAACGCAGUUGAGUCCUAUACUUACAACAUCAAGCAGACGGUGGAAGACGAGAAGCUGAGGGGCAAGAUUAGCGAGCAGGACAAAAACAAGAUCCUCGACAAGUGUCAGGAGGUGAUCAACUGGCUCGACCGAAACCAGAUGGCCGAGAAAGAUGAGUACGAACACAAACAGAAAGAGCUUGAGAGAGUGUGCAACCCCAUCAUCAGCAAACUUUACCAAGGCGGUCCCGGCGGCGGCGGAGGCGGCUCCUCUGGAGGCCCCACCAUCGAGGAAGUGGACUAACUAAGCUUGCACUGCAGUCCGCGUAAAUCUCUCUUCCAUUCUCCCUCCUCACUCCCCUUUCCCCUUUUGUUUUGGUUUCUUUGAAAUGUCCUCGUGCCAAGAGAGACCUAUUGUUGGAAGUCUUUAGCCUGGUGCGGGCCUCAGAAAGGAAAGGUGCAACACCUUAGUUUAGUUACAAAAGGUUAGUUCUAAAGUUUGGUUGGGGGGGGAGAAAAUGAGGGGAAAUGAGGUUUCUCUUUAAUGCAUUUUAACAUUUUAAGUGAUUGCUGAUUUGAGCAUUUUUUUGAGCAUGUUUGCACACCUGUCCAAUGGAAGCUUGCUUGGUACCACUGAAUACAAAGGGACUUGAAUUGUUUAUUUUUACUUUGAGAUUAAAAUAAACAUUUCAGUAAUUUUAAAGACAGGUAUAUUCUGUGAAGACAUAAAUGCAAAUGUAUAGUAAAGCUGAACUUGAUUGCAAAA